AUGCAUCAGCUAGUUUACAUUACAGUGACUGUGUUUCUAGCCUCCUUCGGAUCCUCCGUCAGAGGAAACAGACCCUAUAUUUCGGUACUUGGUGUUAAUAAUGGCGCACAGUGGGGUCAAUGGGGCAUGCUUGAAAUGUGUCCAGCAGGCUACUAUGCUGCAGGUUUCAGUCUGAGGGUUGAAUACCCAAUAGACGGGGAUGACACUGCCUUAAAUGGAAUUCGUCUACACUGUGUCAAUACACAUACAGGCAAGACAGAGUUUUCAGACAUCUCCACAGCAAUGUCUGGAGUAGGAAGCUGGGGUACGUGGACAGAUCCGAUAUGGUGUCCGUGUGGGAUGCUGAUGAGUUUUCAGCUCCUUGUUGAACGUCCUCAAGGAAAUGGCGAUGAUACAGCUGCAAACAACAUAAUGUUCCAGUGCACUGGAAGCGACAGGGCUCUUGUUGGUAUGGGCAUGUCCUGGGGUGAAUGGGGUGGCUGGAGUGACACCUGCAGAGGAAUGGGGAUCUGUGGCAUCCAGACAAAAGUAGAGGCACCACAAGGGUCAGGAGACGACACCACUCUCAACGACGUUAAGUUCUUCUGCUGCGAUUGAGGUGCCGCCUGUCAUUUCAUCUAGAAUGAUGCGUUCUAAGAAGAAAACAAGAUGGAUCAUCUGUCGGCCUUUCUCUUAUCUCUGUCUGUGUUUUACAGGGCUCUCGAGAAACUGUCUAAAUAAACAUAACAUAA